AGUCGGGGGGCGUCGCGAUGCUGCUGCGCCUGCUGCUGGCCUGGGCGGCCGCGGUGGUGCCCACACUGGGCCAGGACCCCUGGGCUGCAGAGCCCCGAGCUGCCUGCGGCCCGGGCAGCUGCUACGUGCUUUUCCCUCGGCGCCGCACCUUCCUGGAGGCCUGGCGGGCCUGCCGCGAGCUGGGGGGCGACCUGGCCACUCCGCGGACCCCAGAGGAGGCCCGGCGCGUGGACAGCCUGCUGGGUGCCAGCCCGGCCAGCCAGCUGCUGUGGAUUGGGCUGCAGCGGCAGGCCCGGCAAUGCCAGCCGCAGCGCCCACUGCGUGGCUUCACGUGGACCACGGGGGACCAAGACACAGCCUUCACCAACUGGGCCCAGCCGGCCACCGGAGGGCCCUGCCCGGCCCAGCGCUGCGUGGCCCUUGAGGCGGGUGGCGAGCAUCGCUGGCUUGAGGGCUCGUGCACGCUGGCCGUCGACGGCUACCUGUGCCAGUUUGGCUUCGAGGGCGCCUGCCCGGCACUGCCGGAGGAGGCGGGCCAGGCUGGGCCGGCCGUGUACACCACGCCUUUCCACCUGGUCUCCACAGAGUUUGAGUGGCUGCCCUUCGGCUCUGUGGCCGCUGUGCAGUGCCAGGCUGGCAGGGGAGCCUCUCUGCUCUGCGUGAAGAAGCCUGAGGGUGGCGUGGGCUGGUCACGGGCUGGGCCCUUGUGCCCAGGCCCUGGCUGCAGCCCGGACAACGGGGGCUGUGAACACGAGUGUGUGGAGGAGGUGGACGGUCAUGUGUCCUGCCGCUGCACCGAGGGCUUCCGGCUGGCAGCAGACGGGCGCAGUUGCGAGGACCCCUGUGCCCAGGCCCUGUGUGAGCAGCAGUGUGAGCCUGGCGGGCCACAAGGCUACAGCUGCCACUGUCGCCUGGGUUUCCGGCCAGCUGAGGAUGAGCCGCACCGCUGUGUGGACACGGAUGAGUGCCAGAUCGCCGGGGUGUGCCAGCAGAUGUGUGUCAACUAUGUUGGUGGCUUCGAGUGCUAUUGCAGCGAGGGUCACGAGCUGGAGGCUGAUGGCAUCAGCUGCAGCCCAGCAGGGGCCAUGGGCGCCCGGGCUUCCCAGGACCUUAGAGACGAGUUGCUGGAUGAUGAGUUGCUGGAUGAUGGGGAAGAAGAGGAGGAUGAAGAUGGGGCCUGGGAGGCCUUCAAUGGCGGCUGGACAGAGAUGCCUGGGCUCCUGUGGAUGGAGCCUACGCGGCCACCUGACUUUGCACUGGCCUACAGGCCCAGCUUCCCAGAGGGUGGAGGGCCGCAGAUACCCUACCCGGGGCCCACCUGGCUGCCCCCGCUCAGUGCCCCCAGGGUCCCCUACCACUCCUCAGUGCUCUCUGCCACCCGGCCUGUGGUGGUCUCUGCCACGCGCCCCACACUGCCCCCUGCCCACCAGCUUCCUAUGGUCCCUGCCACACACCCAGCUCUGCCCCCUGCCCGCCAGAUCCCCACCAUCGCAGCCAACUAUCCAGAUCUGCCCUCUGCCCGCCAACCCCAAAUUACCUCUGUCACUCACCCAGCAAGGCCCCCUGCCCACCAGCCCCCCAUUAUCUCAACCAAACACCCUGAACUUUCCCCUGCCCAGCAGCCCCCCAUGUUCCCAGAUACCCGGGUUGCUGAUAUCCAGACCACCACCCAUUUGCCUCGAAUCCCAGCCAACCAUGCCCCCCUGGCCACCUCCCCCAGUGCCCAUGAACCCCCUCUGGCCCCAGACGUCCCUGUUCUGAGAACCCAGGCCACCCAGCUUCCCAUUAUCCCAACUGUCCAGACCUCUCUGACCAACUCCAUGUCCCCUGCCCAUCAAGUCCCUGUGCCUGCUGCCACCCAACCCCCUGCCCUCCCUACUCCCCUGCCCUCUCAGAGCCCCACUAACCAGACCUCACCCAUCAGCCCUACACAUCCCCAUUCCAAAGCUCCCCAAAUCCCAAGGGAGGGUGGCCCCAAUCCCAAGUUGGCCCCGUGGCUGCCCUCAGUGGCCCCCACAGCAGCCCCAACGGCCCUGGGGGAGGCCAAUCUGGGAGGCCGCAGCCGGAGAGAUGACCGGUGGCUGCUGGUGGCACUCCUGGUGCCAACAUGCGUCUUCUUGGUGAUCCUACUUGCACUGGGCAUCGUGUACUGCACUCGCUGUGGCCCCCAUGCGCCCAACAAGCGCGUCACUGACUGCUAUCGCUGGGUCACCCACACUGGGAGCAAGGGCCCAACGGAACCCAUGCCCCCCAGGGGCAGCCUCACAGGAGUGCAGACCUGCAGAACCAGUGUGUGAUGGGGUAGGGGUAGGGGCGUGCACUGGACACAUGGCCGAGGCUGCACGAGGGACCCAUGGGGACUGCCCAGCUGGGGCUUCCUGCCCCUAGGGUCCAGCCAGGCUUCUCUCUCAGUCAACCACUAGACUUGGCUCUCACGAACUCUGUCCCUGGCCCAGCACUCCCGACAGGAUACAACAAGGCCCCCAGGACCUCAGGGGGUGGGUGCCGGGGUCUUCUCCAAUAAAGGAAGUGCCAACCUCA